UUUCUGCUCCUCCCUCUGCACUCCAAAUGAAAACAAAAUACUACAUAUUACCUGUAAUCUAGAGAUAUUGCACUGAUUUCGUUUCUUGUAUUUCGGAUUGUCCAUUUAAUACAGCAUAUAGCUGUGUUUGGAGAUGCAAAUUUAGAACUGCCUUCAUUUCUUUCCAAUCAUUCCGCUGUCGAGAUUCACAUGGAUAUUGGUCAUAAUUUCUUGUUGAGAUACGAUAAAGAGUGUAACAUCAACGUAGAGCUUCCACUGCAUGCACGAUAUCCACCCCUAGAUGAAAGCGGCUAUCGGGAAGUUAAAUUUGGUAUGCUGGAUUUGUUCAUGCGUUGUAGCGUUGAGGGAACUUCACAAAAUCAAAGCUGUUUGUAUAAGAUGCCAGAGAUCAAUGGUUCUGAAUUAGGAUACGGUAAACUUGUCUGGAAAAUCCCUUCUGGGAUGAGGGCGCAUGUUGGAACCGUAUCAACUCUCACGUUCGUUGCAGCCUUAUUUUCAGCUAUUACAAUUGCUGUUACAUCCAUAUUUCAAUCAGCCAUUGCCUACGGCAUUCAUUUGAAAGAAUCUUAAUUCAUUGUUCUAUCUUCUUUUUUUAAGUGACUUAUUUCACAGUCUCACUUUAUCAUAUUGAUGUACACCCCUUUUGUUCGGGGAGGCGGGAAGAUGUACGCCCGUUUGGUUGGAGAGGUAUUGGAGGUCUUAAAAUGAGAGAACAA